ACCGCUGCUGCUCCGGGCGUCCUGGGCUCGCAGUGCCGCGCAGCUUCUCUGUGGAGACUCCGGGAUGGCCAUCUUUAAGCAGCAGAAGGUGGACGACCUGUACGAAAUCGGGGAGGAGCUCGGCAGUGGGCAAUUCGCCAUCGUGAAGCGUUGCCGGGAGAAGGCCACAGGGCUGGACUACGCGGCCAAGUUCAUCAAGAAGCGGCAGAGCCGGGCCAGUCGCCGCGGGGUCCGGCGGGAGGAGAUUGAGCGGGAGGUGAAGAUCCUGCAGCCGAUUCUGCACAGCAACAUCAUCCAGCUGCACGAGGUGUAUGAGAACAAGACGGACGUGGUCCUUAUCCUGGAGCUAGUAUCCGGAGGGGAACUUUUUGAUUUCCUGGCCCAGAAGGAGUCGCUGAGUGAGGAGGAAGCCACACAGUUCAUUAAGCAGAUUCUGGACGGGGUCAACUACCUGCACGCAAAGAAGAUCGCCCACUUUGAUUUAAAGCCUGAGAAUAUUAUGCUGCUGGACAAGACCCUCCCCAUCCCUCACAUAAAACUGAUCGACUUUGGUCUGGCCCACGAAAUAGAAGACGGAGUGGAGUUUAAGAAUAUUUUUGGGACGCCAGAAUUCGUAGCUCCAGAAAUCGUAAACUACGAGCCGCUGGGACUGGCAGCUGAUCUGUGGAGCAUCGGAGUCAUCACUUAUAUAUU